CAGGUGACCCGGAAAGAUCACGUGAUCUUGAGCUCACGUGACAGCCAGCUUUCACCUAGAUCCCCGAGACAGCAGCUGGACAGACGGACGCAGACUGCAAGAUGGGCCGGGCCGCGCUCCUGCUGCUGCUGCUGCCGCCUCUGUUCGGACUUCCCCCAGCUCAGGCAGCUCCCGAAAAUGACGAGAUCCUCUGCCUUCCGGGGCUGGUGAAGCAGCCAGCCUUUCGCCAAUACUCCGGCUACUUGAACGUCGCAGGCGGCAAGCACUUGCAUUACUGGUUUGUGGAAUCCCAAAAAGACCCUCAAAGUAGCCCUGUGGUUCUGUGGCUCAAUGGGGGCCCAGGAUGCAGCUCCUUAGAUGGACUCCUCACUGAGCAUGGCCCCUUUUUGAUCCAACCGGAUGGAAAUACCUUGGAAUACAACCCUUAUUCCUGGAAUUUGAAUGCCAGUGUGCUCUACCUAGAGUCUCCUGCCGGUGUGGGCUUCUCCUAUUCUGAUGAUAAGAACUAUGUGACCAAUGACACUGAGGUUGCCCAAAACAACUAUGAAGCACUCCAAGAAUUCUUUCGUCUCUUCCCUGAGUUCAGUAGCAAUCAGCUGUUCCUUACGGGGGAGAGUUAUGCUGGCAUCUACAUCCCUACACUGGCUAUGUUGGUCAUGCAGGAUCCUAGCAUGAAUCUGCAGGGCCUGGCUGUGGGCAACGGACUCUCUUGCUAUGAACAGAAUGAUAAUUCUCUGGUCUACUUUGCCUAUUACCAUGGGCUGCUGGGCUACAGGCUAUGGUCUGCUCUUCAGUCUCACUGCUGUGCUCAGGGGAGGUGCAAUUUCCAUGAUAACCAAGACCCCAACUGUACCAUGAAUCUGUUGGAGGUGUCUCGUAUCGUAAGCAACUCAGGGCUCAACAUCUACAACCUCUAUGCUCCCUGUGCUGGUGGGGUUCCUGGACAUGCCAGAUAUGAGAAGGAUACACUGGUAAUACAAGAUAUGGGGAAUCUCUUCACCCGACUGCCAAUCAAACGGAUGUUACAACAGCAGACACUAAUGAGAACUGGAGAAAGGGUACGAUUGGACCCACCCUGUACCAACACCACGGCACCUUCCACCUAUCUAAACAACCCCUAUGUACGGAAAGCCCUACACAUACCUGAACAGGUUCCACGCUGGGACAUGUGCAACUUCGUGGUGAACAGUAACUAUAUGCGCCUCUAUCAGACCAUGAAUGAUCAAUACCUCAAACUUCUUAGUGCUCAGAAGUACCGAAUCCUGGUCUACAAUGGAGAUGUGGACAUGGCUUGUAACUUCAUGGGAGAUGAGUGGUUUGUGGAUUCCUUGAACCAGAAGCAGGUGGAGGUACAGCGACGACCGUGGCUUGUGUCCGAUGGUAGUGGGGAGCAAAUAGCUGGCUUUGUGAAGGAGUUCGACAACAUAUCCUUCCUCACUAUAAAGGGAGCUGGCCACAUGGUGCCCACGGACAAGCCCCAGGCAGCUUUGACCAUGUUCACAAGAUUCUUGACGAAGGAGCCCUACUAAGCUCUAUCUUGCCUUACAGUGGGCGACAAAUGAGAGCCAGUCAGCCAGCAGCCCCUGCUUCCUGCCUGGAGAUGAGGCCUAGGCCUGCUUGGCUUAAGACACUCUCUUUGGCCAAAGGGAGUCCCUUGUUUGGCCAGUGUCAGGCCCUGUACUUACAGGGGUGGGGAUUCAAAUCAUACCAAAUUUCCCAGGUGGACUUAGAGUUUUGAGUAGAAGGAUUAAUUCAAGCAAUUUGAGGGGGUGAGUAGACACUGGUUUAUUCCUUAGAGUAGACCUUUCUGGGGGUGGCAUACUGUGGCACCACCUGCAUGCCCACCGCUCACCAUGCACUGUUCCCCUACCCAAAGUUGAGCUCAGGACUAUGCACAUGUCACCUCUAUAGGAAUUGGAGGGUGGGGAGGGGAGAAAAGGGCAGGGCUUGGAUGUGAUUAUGGGAAUAAAUGGUCCACAGCCCAAA